AUGGUCUUGGUGAGAGGAAUGUUUGAAGAAUGGCUCAAACGAUGUCGCGAAUCUCGCCAACUCGUAGUGGUGAUCGUAGCUAUAGCUUUACUCCUGGACAAUAUGCUUCUAACUACUGUGGUCCCCAUAAUACCGGAGUUCCUUUACGACAUCCAGCACCCCGAUCAACCACUAACUGCUACAUUUUCAUCAAUCCCGCCGAAUGAAUAUCCAGUGCCCCAUGGAGCCAUGACAGCGAACGGGACAGUGCCGACCUGGGAACAACGAGAAGCGACUCUCAAAAAGGAAAGGCACGACGAUCUGGUUCACGAAACGGUUGCAGUUGGUAUGAUGUUUGCGUCCAAAGCGGUCGUGCAGCUAAUGGUUAACCCCAUUGUCGGACCUCUCACCCACAGAAUCGGCUAUAGCAUACCUAUGUUCACUGGAUUUUUCAUCAUGUUCAUAUCGACCAUAAUAUUUGCUUUCGGACGGAGUUACGGGGUAUUGUUUUUGGCUAGAGCAUUGCAAGGGAUCGGAUCGUCUUGUUCGACUGUUUCUGGAAUGGGAAUGUUAGCUGAACGGUACCCGGACGAUAAAGAACGAGGAAACGCAAUGGGUAUUGCAUUGGGUGGAUUAGCUUUGGGCGUGUUAAUCGGUCCACCGUUUGGAGGAAUUAUGUACGAGUUUGUGGGGAAAACUGCUCCGUUUUUAAUACUCUCGGCCCUGGCACUAGGAGACGGAUUGCUACAACUACUGCUUUUACAACCGGGAGUAGUCACAACUGAUGCUGAUCCCCCUUCCUUAAAAUCCUUGGUGAUGGACCCCUAUAUAAUAAUAGCUGCAGGCGCUAUUACUUUUGCUAAUACGGGAAUCGCUAUGCUUGAGCCUUCUUUACCUAUAUGGAUGAUGGACACUAUGGGUGCUGGAAGAUGGAAACAGGGAGUAACAUUUUUGCCGGCGAGUAUUUCUUAUUUGAUCGGAACAAAUUUGUUUGGACCUCUCGGACACCGUAUGGGAAGAUGGUUAGCUGCGAUGAUUGGAUUGAUCGUCAUUGGGAUUUGUUUGAUGAUAAUACCAACUGCGAGAGACAUAAAUCACUUGAUCGUACCGAACGCUGGUCUGGGUUUUGCUAUUGGUAUGGUGGAUUCGUCAAUGAUGCCCGAGCUUGGCUAUUUGGUUGAUAUACGUCAUACAGCUGUAUAUGGUAGUGUUUAUGCGAUUGGAGACGUGGCGUUUUGUCUGGGUUAUACAAUCGGACCGGCUUUAAGCGGAACAUUGGUGAACACAAUUGGAUUUGAAUGGAUGUUAUUUGGAACGGCUAUGUUGAAUUUUUUGUACGCACCACUUCUCUACUUCCUGCGCAGCCCACCGACAAAAGAAGAAAAAAAAUCUUUGGUCACCGGAGAAAAAUCAUCGGUGCGUUAUAUAACCUAUCAAAACGAAGCGGAAGAAGAAUAA